AUGUUGGCCCCGCCUGCUAGAAAUUUCCAUUGCAGAUUGGCCACAAUUGGCCCUGCUCCAGGAAACUUCGACUUGAUUACGCUCUUCAUCUUGAACACCAACCACCACCCUCAACCACCCUCUUCGCUCUCUCCUCCCGUCGUCAGACACAACAAGAGGCUCAAGAAUCAGAACUGCGUCCUUUCCCAACCCAAACCACUACAUCAUACCGAAUUCUUGCCUCCGUUGAAUUUUGUAAUGGCCACAGAACACACAGCGCCAUCUACACCGCUGACCCGUGCCUCACUCGAACGCCUGACGAUAGCGAAGCUCAAGCUGCUGGCUAAGAAUCGAGGGUACCGGAUCACAAAGACCAGAAAAUCUGAGAUUAUAGAUGAGAUUAUAGAAGCGGCUGGUGCUGUCAAGGAGGAAGUCGUCAGUCCUGGGAAGCCGCUGUUGCAAGAGAGGCCUCCACGUCCACGACACAUCUCUCGCAAUGGAAGGGGCAAGAAGCCUUCUUCUCCAACCUUUGGUCGCGAGCCGACCCUCAGUCCGCUAGCGGGAAAAGGAACGAGGGAAGCCUCAUCACCUGCAGAUGCCGCUCCAGCUGUCAUUGCACCAAACGGAAACGCAUCAUCGCUGUCCACUCCAUCCCACCGCGAAGAGGCUAUCGCAGCCACUGGACCGUUGUCGCAACGAUCUUCCGGCUCUUCGUCGAACCCCAGCUCAGCAUCGCCGCAUUCAAAUUCUGGGUCCGUCGAACCGAAUACCCGGAAACCGGACUUGAACAACCCCAGCCCGCAAAGCAGCCCAGAGCCAGAAGUAGGAUCCCCUUGCCCGCCUGAAGCACUCGAGGAAAUUAUGGAGGAAGCCCGAGCGGAGCGAGAUGAAGUCAAGCAACGCACAGAGGAUAAUCAGAGGAUAAUAGAGAGGCUAAAGAAGAUGCUCAAAGAGAUGGAGGAGUUCUCGCAAACGAAGAGCGAUGAGGAGAUGAAGCUCGAGCGCGCAACGGAGUUCGCUGGGUUAUAUACGAGGGAGGGCCUUGCAUGGGAAGAAGACGCGAUUUUCGGCGAACAUGCAGCAAUUGUUAGGAAGGGGACGACAGAGGAUGGCGCUGUUUUCGUGGAGGAGGCAGAUGCGUUGGUUGAGCAGCAGGAUCCCGAUAUUCGAAAGUACAAGGAGAGGCAGGAGGUUAAGAAUGGGAAGCGGAAGGCUGUCUUGGUGUCCGAACCAAGUUCUACGCGUAUCGACCAACAGCACGUAGCUGAGGCCGCGGCAGAUGAAAAAGCCCAAAGAAAAGAAGAAGAUAUGCAAGAAGCCAUAAGGAGGAGCUUGCAAGACAAGCACAUCUUCAACCCGCGGGCCGAGGGAAGCAAGGGUGGGCAAUUUCGGCGCGUACGAGUGGUAGGCGCUGCCUCCCAAGCUGCAUCUUCACUCCCGAUGACAAGCUCUGCUCCAUGGGCGACGACCGAGAACGACAUCCCGUUACUUGCAGCCGGCAGCAGCAAGCGCCCGCGAGAAGAAGAGGAACAGGAGACUGCCCUGGGGGCUUCUGGAAGCAUUGCUGGGGUGGAGAACGAGAGCGACGUCCGUCACGCCCCGAAACGUCGUCUUAGCCCAUCUAUGGCCUCGAGAUAUCCCGGGCAACCGGCCACCACGAGUGACCUAAUUGAUCCUCCAUACCCUCUUGGAACCUUCGUGCCGCCUCCGCCGCGACCUACAGCCUUUUACUACGAUCGUUCCAGAGACCCUCGAUUGAAGGCACAGGCCGCACCUCAGUGA